AUGACGUUCAUUGUUUGCAUUGGUGUUAUUAUUAUCAUAUGGAUUCUUUUCAAAAUUCUCAAUUCCACAGAUGCUCCAAAAAUUAAUGGUCUUCCAGAAGCUCCAGGUUGGCCUAUUUUUGGAAGUUUAUUUCAAUUAAAAGAAAAUCAUUAUUUUGCUUUAUUAAAACUGGCUAAAAGACUUGGUCCCGUUUUUCAAAUUCGUCUAGGAAAUAAACGUAUUGUUGUUGCAAAUUCAUACGAUUCUAUUAAAGACUUAUGGAUCAAAAAUCAAUUUUCAUUGAUUAGUCGACCUAUGUUAUAUACAUUUCAUACUGUUGUUAGUAGUAGUAGUCAAAUAUUUACAAUUGGAACAUCUCCCUGGGAUGAAUCAUGUAAACGACGUCGUAAAGCAACUGCAACAGCAUUGAAUAAGCCUGCUGUGCAAUCGUACAUGCCAAUUGUCGAUAUUGAAUCAUAUACGGUAAUCAAUGAAAUUUUGAAAGAAUGUGAAGAUGGAAGAAUAGAUAUUAAUAUCAUUCCUCACCUUAAACGAUUUGCUCUUAAUACAACUCUUAUGUUUACUUACGGCACACGUUUUUCUUCAUCAUUUGAUAAACGUUUGGAAGAAAUUGUAGAAAUUCAAGCAGCAAUGCAACGAUUUCGAUCUAUAUCAGAUAAUUGGCAAGAUUAUAUUCCACUUCUUCGACUUUUUCCUGCUAAAUCUAGUGAAGCUAAUUCUUAUCGACUUCGUCGUGAUCAUUAUCUUCAAAUUCUUCUAGAUAGUUUAAAGAAAGAUAUUGCCAAUGGUACAGAAAAGCCAUGUAUCAUCGGUAAUAUUUUGAGAGAUACUACAGCAAAAUUGAAUGAAAGUGAAAUUAAAAGUAUCGGUAUGUCAUUACUGAGUGCUACUCUUGACACAAUUCCUGCCAAUAUUAUUUAUGGUAUAAGUUAUCUCUCAUCAGCACAUGGACAACAAAUUCAAGAACGUGCAUAUCAAGAAAUUCAAGAUAUUUAUCCUGAUGGUGAUGCAUGGGAAAAAUGUCUAGUCGAAGAACGAGUUCCAUAUGUUACUGCUCUUUACAAAGAAAUUCUUCGUUAUUUCACAAUUAAUCCAUUGAGUCUUCCACGACAAAGUAUCAGUGAUAUUGAUUAUAAUGGAGUAAUCAUUCCUGCUGGAACAUUAUUUUUUCUGAAUGCAUUUGCUGGUGAUUAUGAUGAAAAUCAUUUUAUAGAUCCAUAUACUUUCAAUCCUGAACGAUAUUUAGGUGAUGUUGAUAGUACACCACAUUUUGCUUAUGGAGCUGGAAGUAGAAUGUGUUUGGGAUCUCAUCUGGCCAAUCGAGAACUUUUUGCAUUCUUUAUUCGAUUUAUUUCAGCAUUUCGAAUUCUUGAACCUAAUGAUCCAAAAGAUGCUGCCAUAUUAGAUGCAAUAGAAGCCAACCAAACUCCUACAGCUCUUGUUGCAGAGCCGAAACCAUUUAAAUGUCGCUUUGAACCAAGAAACAAGAAAGUACUCGAAUCAUGGUUAGAAAUCAGCAGAAAAAGAGCAGAAAAUGAUGAACAUUCAAUGAGAGACUAA